UGGAGGGCGGUUUGUGUAACGCGUAUGACUCCAUUUCCCAGAAUGCACCGCGCGCCAUGAUGUUCCAACAGCUGACAGACGGUGAAGCCUCUGCCAGAGCUGUCGGUGGAAGCUAGUGUGUGUACUCUCGUCGGAAGCCCACACGGACUGAAAAAAAAUACACCUCGAGUAUUACCGGACUUCGGACCGUUUUACGACUCGGGCUACUGUCGAGCACACUGUUGUGAUAAAAAAAAAAAAAAAAAAAUUUAAAUUUCUUUUCGCCAGCGUCCUGACUUUCGCCUCACAUUUGGGGAGCAGGGGACAGUUGCUGUCAGCUAACUUCCACAAUAGGUCGCUGCGUCGCCGGACUGCUCGCAUGUGUUUUUUUAUAUUUGAGCUCAGCGGUUUGACUCCAGCCCUUCCAGCCGUGCCCCAAUGCUGAGGAAUGGAUAGCGUGCCUGCCAGAGGAGGGAAUAUGGUCGAGAGUGAUGAGCAGCCGGAGAGGGACAGCGGCGGUGGCGCAGCGAUGGCCGCACUACAUCAAUGCGAACUCAUCCAGAAUAUGAUUGAUAUCUCCAUCUCCAGUUUACAGGGGCUGCGGACCAAAUGCGCCGCGUCCAACGACCUCACGCAGCAAGAGAUACGCACUUUAGAGGUGAAGCUGGUGAAAUACAUCUGUAAACAGCUGCAGUGCAAGCAGAAAGUGCCAGAGACGGAGAGGUCCGAGGCCCUGGACAGCUACCCACGCUUAAAAGACUGGCUGCGCACCAUCAACCUGCGGCCAGAGCUCAUUGAGGCAGUCGAAGUGAAGUUAUCCCUAGAUGCUUUACUGCAAAUGACCUGUCAUCAAGUGAGUGAUACAAUGCGAAGACUGGGGUCCAGUUCAGAAGAAUGUAGCAGGCUGAGUGCUGCCCUCUCCUGUCUGAAGAGUGUCACUGAAGGAGGUGAACUGAAAGAAGACAGCACCUCGUGGCUGUCUGAGCCAACCAGGAGAGACAGUGGCUCUCUACUGACCGCAGACCAGCUAACCAAUUUGGGAACUCCACUUCGCCCCCACAGUCCAUCACCUCUGGCCCGCCCAUCGACAAUCCAGUCCACCCCAUCCACCCCGUGUGCUACCUUCUCCUAUCCUCGCUCAGGCUCCGUUUCAGCUGCUCCCACACCAGAGGCCCUGGCAUCAUUUGUUCACAGCGAAAGCCCGCUCACAGAUCCAUUCCCCAUGCCCUUAUCCCGCACGGCAUGGCUCCACGGACGCACCUCCACCCCACCCAUAACUCCACCUUCAAAGAGGCGCCACCGUCCCAAGCCUCCCUGCACUCCUCCCCCUCCAUCUCGCAAGGUGCUGCACUUGUUUCCCAACAUUACACUCACCCGCAGCAAGAGCCACGAGUCCCAGCUGGGGAAUCGGAUCGAGGACCCUCCCACCAACAAGUGUGUUAAAAAGAACAAGCUAUUCCUGAAUAUGCAAAAUGGGAAUGGAUGUGAGGACUCGCCCUCUCGCUACCCUGUCAUGUCCUCACGGACUUCUGGAGGCACCCCAGCUCCCAACACAGCACCUUACACCCAUCCGGGGACACCCACCCUAAUGGAGGAGCACAGUAUAAUUAAAAAUAAUGUAGCAGUGCAUCGCAAUUCCCCACAAGCAGUGAGGAGGGACAUUGGUCUGGCUGUCACACACAGGUUUUCAACAAAGUCCUGGCUGUCCCAGACAUGUCAAGUUUGCCAGAAGAACAUGAUGUUUGGGGUUAAGUGCAAACACUGUCGAUUAAAGUGCCACAACAAAUGUACUAAGGAAGCUCCGUCUUGCAGAAUCUCUUUUCUACCAAUUGCCAAAAUUCGGAGGACCGAGUCUGUUCCAUCUGAUAUAAACAACCCUGUGGACCGGCCACAAGAAGCACCGCAGUUUGGCACGUUACCAAAGGCCAUUACUAAAAAGGAUCAUCCUCCUGUGAUGAACCAGCUUGAUUCAAGCAGCAAUCCCUCCUCCACCACUUCAUCCACUCCUUCAUCUCCAGCCCCUUUCCAGCAGAGCAACCCCCCCAGUGCCACCCCACCCCCCAACCCUUCACCCAAAGGCCAUCGAGACAGCCGCUUUAACUUUCCAGCUGCCUGUUACUUUCAGCACAGACAGCAGUUUAUCUUCCCUGAUGUUUCAAGCCCUGCAAAUGUGUACUCUGAUGGCCUCCAUGAUCGAGUCAAUGAGAUAGAGCAGUCAGCUGAUGACGUACAUGCUGAGCUGGUGGAAGAUGAAGAUGAGGAGGAAGAGGAGGAGGACGUCGAAGUUGAUGAUGAAGAUCAUGAAGAUGAGGAUCAUGAAGGAGAAGCGGAGAGUUAUGAUGAUGGAGGAGAUUACAGAGAUGACGAGGAGGACUCCCGGAUGAAUGUGGGUUCGGAUGGCGAGUGCGAUGAGGUUAACGACCUGCCCUGCACCCGGGGAAACCAGUGGAAGGUCCCCAUCUCCCGCAAGGCCAGCCAGACCAGCGUCUACCUGCAGGAGUGGGAUAUUCCUUUUGAGCAGCUGGACCUUGGGGAACUUAUUGGAAAGGGCCGUUGGGGUAAAGUCCACAAGGGGCGGUGGCAUGGUGAGGUAGCCAUCCGGCUUCUUGAGAUCGAUGGGAACAACCAGGAUCAUCUGAAGCUCUUUAAAAAAGAGGUGAUGAACUACCGACAAACCAGACACGAGAAUGUGGUGCUCUUCAUGGGAGCCUGCAUGGCCCCGCCCCACCUAGCCAUCAUCACCAGUUUCUGUAAAGGGAGGACACUAUAUUCAGUUGUCCGGGAUUCUAAAAACACCUUGGAUAUUAACAAGACAAGACAAAUCGCUCAGGAGAUUGUGAAGGGAAUGGGUUAUCUGCACGCCAAAGGCAUCGUUCACAAGGACUUGAAGUCAAAGAAUGUUUUUCACGACACCAAUAAAGUCAUCAUCACAGAUUUUGGACUGUUUGGGAUCUCUGGAGUUGUUCAGGAAGGAAGGCGUGAGAAUAAACUGAAACUUCCACAUGGCUGGAUUUGUUACCUCGCUCCGGAGAUUGUGCGAAGGAUGAGCCCAGGUAACAACGAGGACCGCCUUCCUUUUUCCAAUGCAGCCGAUGUGUACGCUUUUGGAACUAUUUGGUAUGAGCUUCAAGCCAGAGACUGGCCAAUCACCAACCAGCCGGUGGAAGCUACGAUCUGGCAGGUGGGGAGUGGAGAGGGCAUAAAGAAAGUUUUGUCUGAGAUCAGCCUGGGCAAAGAAGUCACGGAGAUCCUCUCUGCCUGUUGGGCCUAUGACCUGAGAGACAGGCCCACCUUCACCCAGCUGGCCGACAUGCUGGAGAAGCUGCCCAAGCUCAACCGCAGGCUGUCCCACCCAGGACACUUCUGGAAGUCUGCCGAGUUGUAG